UUUGGUUUUUACUGUAGUCUUCAUUUGGAUUGAAUGGUUUGAGCUUUUAAUUUUUAUUGCCACAUAUAACCCCCAAAUGGGUUACUAGCAGAGUAUAAGAAUCAUGCACUAUUAAUUGGGCAAUUGGAAGUAGAGGAGUUGGAAAAUGCAGAGGAAGAAAUAGGAGAAGUAGCUACCAGGUGAUUUAACAACCAAAGCACAGGCUUUCACUUCAACAAAUUAUUCCUUUUCAGGAUAAAAUUGAAGCUGGAAGCUUGGUUUUUUGUUUCCUCAUUUUCAUCAAACAUAACUGAAUUCAGACUUACCUAAAAUUUGUAGGAAAACUGACGUAAAGACAGAUGAUUUGAGUAGAUCAUUUUUUUCUAUUUUGUGUUAUUAGAAUGUCUUGUCUAAAACAUAACUGUCUUUAGUAGCAUUAAUUGUUUUCAGCAUCCUACAUUCUUGGCAGAUAAUUCUUUACUAAUAUUUGGCACUUCGUUUAGUUAAGAAACAGACCUUCCUGAAAUCAUUCACAUUUAGAUAAUACAUUGCUGGAAGUAGUGCUUGAGUAUGUAUCAUUCUUAAACAUGAAAUUAAAGACAGUACUUUUGUUACAGUAGCUUAUAGCAAUAAGACAACUUAUACAAGUUGAAGAUGUAUACAAAUGUAGACUGCCUUCAUUUUCUUCAGUAUAUGGGUGGUGAGAAUAAGUACACAGGAGGAAUUGUCAACUUAAAGGAGUAGUUCAGAAUGUAAGGAAAUAAAAAGAAGAUAGGAAAUGAUAAACAAUGAAGAAGAUAAUAGAAAAUUUGGAGAAAGGAAUGGAAGAAAGCAAACAGGGAAGGAUUAAAGCAGCCUUUCCAAACUCUUUGUGUACUUCCAUUAAUGAGUUAAAUUAGAUUAUAAUUUAUCUGUUUAUUGCAUUUUUAUUUUUGCUUCACCCCUACUAGGGAAGAAAAGAAGAAAGACAAGGUGAGAAAAGAGUCUCAAAUAGUCUUAUGGCUCCCACACUGAGACAGCUCUCUUUGGUUAAUCUGAGAAUUCCUCCUACAGUCUUUUGUCCAUUGUUCAGGGUUCAUAGCUUUGACUAUUACUUAAUAUUUAUUUAUGGCACCUGUUUCUACUUACUUUUGACAUUUGGGCACUCACUAUUGGCAACCUCUUAAUCUUUUAAAUUAUUGCUUUGUGGCUUAUAAACAGAUCAGGCAAGAGUGAAGGUGAACUAGUACAAAGUAGUUACCAUACUGGAAAAACAACUCAAAAUAAAUAAAUGCCUUGUAGCUGAGGCAAAGAGGCAGGUUUUGACCCUAUCAACAUGUAUUUUAAAACACGUGUAAUUUUAAAAAUCUCUAUUCUGUCUUUUGUAUACAUUACAAGGUCUGCUCCAUAGAAAGCUUGAAAGAAAGGCUUAUACUUCACUUUAAAAGAUUUGCCAAACACAUCUGUAAAUUCAGUGCGUGAAUUUGUGAAGUAAAUGAUUAUAUUAAAUAUUCUUAUUUUGCAGGAAGUUGGUGAACCAUCUAAAGAAGAGAAGGCUGUAGCCAAGUAUCUUCGAUUCAACUGUCCAACAAAGUCCACCAAUAUGAUGGGGCACCGAGUUGAUUAUUUUAUUGCUUCAAAAGCAGUGGAUUGCCUUUUGGAUUCAAAGUGGGCAAAGGCCAAGAAAGGAGAGGAAGCUUUAUUUACAACAAGGGAGUCUGUGGUUGACUACUGCAACAGUAAUCUCAGAGUUAUCUAUGUAACUUUGUCAUUUCUCGUUCUAGUGAUCGCAGUGAUAGCAGCCACCCUCUUCCCUCUUUGGCCAGCAGAAAUGAGAGUAGGUGUUUAUUACCUCAGUGUGGGUGCAGGCUGUUUUGUAGCCAGCAUUCUUCUUCUUGCUGUUGCUCGUUGCAUUCUGUUUCUCAUCAUUUGGCUCAUAACUGGAGGAAGGCACCACUUUUGGUUCUUGCCAAACCUGACUGCUGACGUGGGCUUCAUCGACUCCUUCAGGCCUCUGUACACACAUGAAUAUAAAGGACCAAAAGCAGACUUCAAGAAAGAUGAGAAAUCUGAAACCAAAAAGCAACAGAAGUCCGACAGUGAGGAAAAGUCAGACAGUGAGAAAAAGGAAGAUGAGGAGGGUAAAGUAGAACCAGGGAAUCAUGGAACAGAAGGCUCAGGUGGAGAACGGCAUUCAGACACAGACAGUGACAGGAGGGAAGAUGACCGAUCCCAACACAGUAGUGGAAAUGGGAAUGAUUUUGAAAUGAUCACAAAAGAGGAACUGGAACAGCAAACAGAUGGGGAUUGUGAAGAGGAGGAAGAAGACAAUGAUGGAGAAACAACUAAAUCUUCACAUGAAAAAUCAUAACCUGACUAAUUUGGGACUAAAAGUGCAAGAGGUUGGAUUUUCUAUGUUGGCUGAUCAUCCUAAUGUACACAUUUGUAGCAUUCUUUAAAUCCAUUUGCUGAAAUGUAUUUGACAUCCAAACAAUUAUAUUCAGUCCUUCAUUUCAUAGAAUAUUAUUAUUGGUACAGUCUGAAGCCAUUUAUAAGUUGUAUCUAUUUGAUAAUUUUACAAUAAGUAGGUCUUAUUCGUUUUGAUAGUUAUCAAAGAUGCAUUUUCCACAAUGAUAUUUAGAUUAAUGGCAUUUUUGAUAGUUGUAUGGCUUUUUACUAUUAGAUUAAUCAAAAUAACUAAAACGGAUAAAAAAGAAACCCCAACAUUUCAGAUUGUGCAUAGUUAUAUAGCCAUUUCACAGUUUCUUUAAAAUGAAAUGCUUAAACUCCUUGUUCUUGAUGGUUAAGCUUUGGUUGAGUAUAAAAGUAUACCAGGAAAUUUCUUAAGAUUCUGAGUUAGCAGGGUUCAAAAGCAUUUUGUGGAAACAAGCCAACUAGUAAUACAGCAACACUUUUAGUUUAGCUACAAAUUCUCCUUUUCCAACUUAGGAAAUCCAAACUGAUUUGUACAUCUGACUCAGAGAAAGAUAGUCAUCUCCAACAGAGAAAGCGAAACAGCAUUGGUUGGAAGGCGAUGGCUCUUCUUCCCAUUUCCUUGUCGUAAAGUAAAAUGUAUUCUGUACAUAAUUUACAAAUAAACAUUUUAUUUUAAUUGUUACUUAUUAUUUAGACAUUUUCUCAACACUUAAAUUUGUAAAAUUAAGACCAUGUAAGGGUAUGUUUUUAGAGAAAUGGAAGUUUCAAUAACCCACAGAACAUCUGUGAUCUUUCUACAGCAGCUUCAGUUUUGUGCCAACAUUCCAUGUAUUUGAAUAUGAGUUAAAAAGAUCCUUAUUAAAUAAGAGCAGACUUAAAGUAGCUGUUUGUAUGCCUUAAUGUUCAUUUUGAUUUAUCUUAAAUCUCUACAUUCAGAAAGGAGGUACAAUAUUAUCAGACCAGGAGGCACUGCUAUGAAAGAUAAUUUACUGUUCUAAAAUAUCAAUUUAAAAUAAAGAACAUAAAAGAAAACAUAAGAGAACCAUUGGACUCUAAUUGCUUUGAACUAGUUUUGCAGUUUGAUUUUAUGUCUUGCAUACCUUAGUUACAAAUCUUUUGGAAAAAUCUUGUGUUUACCUAUGAGCAUAAUAUCAUUCCUUGGACUUCUACUCUUAUAAAAUGAUAAUGAAUAUUAAAUUAUUUUCCUUCAGUCACAGAGCAUUUUGCUUUGUAGUUGAAAUAGGUGUUAUGGGUAGGUCUUUUUUUUCUUUAGGCUGUUUCCCAUCUAGUGUUUGACUAAAGAUGUUAAAUUUUUCUAAUUGUGAAAAAAGACAUUUUCUGUAUACUGACACCUUUUAUGAAACAUGGUUUGACUGCUUCUUUAUAGUAUUCCUUGUAAGUGGACAGAAAUAUGGCUAUUUGAUGUUAAUGCAACUCUGUCAAGGCUGCAAACAGUCAUUUUAAAAGUUUCCUCCUAGCAAAUGUUCAUUGAUUUAAGUGCCUGGGUGUUUUCCCCCUCACAUUUUCAGAGCUCUACUGCUUACUUCCACAGUAAGAGUAUGCAUAAUUAUAGCUUCUGAGCUUCUUAAUUACCAGUAGCACUAAUACUUUUUUGGGGUAUGGUAAUGGUACCAAAAUUGUUUUUUCAAAAAUAAAAAAAUGACUUAACUUUUACUACUAUGAUAAUACCCAGGCACUCAAUAUUUAUCCUAAAGCUCUUAUAAUAUAUGUAGUAUGUCUAGUCUUAAAGACGUCUGGAGCAUGGCAAGAAAGUCAGCUUCUCAUUGAUGUUUGUGGAUUCUUACAGAAUUUAGUACAAAUUUUUAUAUAUAUUUGGUGGUCCCUGGGGAAAAAUAUCAUUCUUACUAUGGUUAGAAAGUGAGUUAGAAAUUUCAGCUCAGUGUCUUCUACUAUACAAGGUUGUAUACUUUAAACAACUAUAAAAAUCAAAAGGCUGCCACUAUCAGACACCUCAGAAGAAUAGCUGGCUGUCUUUGUUGGCUAACAUUAAAUAUUCUUAGGCCAGAGCAUGGAGGAGCUGUUUACAUUAGUCAGUGAAAUGGUGAUUUUUUUUUUUUUUAAAGGAACUUCAAGUUUGCUAUGCUACUGUAAGUAGAAGCAUGAAGCUUUUGGAUAAUGUAGGAUUUAUUGUGGAGUAGAUAUAAAUUGGCCUAACUAAGGAUUGAAUUAACCAGCUGAGUCCAGGUAAUAAGAAUAAAGCAUAUGUAAUUGUUCUUAAAGUCAAUGUAUUAGAUUGUUUUCACUUUUCCCUCCCACUAAUUUUAAUUUUCCAACUAUAUGGCCUAGACAACUUGAAUUGAAAUAAUUUGGAUUUAGUCAAAUACUCUUCAGAAACUAAUAAAUUUUAAUGUAACACAUCAAAAUUA